AUGAUCUCUUACCUCUUCAGCGAAGAGGAUACCCUCACGAGGAAACUAUUCGCGUACGAGUUAAAGACGGGUCAGCAGAAGCUAUUAGUGGCUCCUCCGGGCGGCGGAGUCGAUGAGGAUAAUCUCUCGAUGGAAGAGAAAUUAAGGCGCGAGAGGCAGCGGGAGCGCGGCUUGGGAAUCACGCGCUACGAUUGGUCCAAGAACGUAGCGGUUCCGCGGAUCAUGAUACCGCUGCCAGAUGGCGUGUACGUGCAGGACGGCAUGGGCGCGGAUCUGCGCCUGCGCAUCCCGGGGGGCGCGUCCCCCAUCCUGGACCCGCAGAUCUCCCCCGACGGCUCCGCCAUCGCGUUCGUGCGCGACGACGAGCUCUUCGUCGUCUCCACCACCGCGGGCGCGCCCCGCCAGCUCACCUUCGGCGCAAAGGAGGCCAACAAGGUCCAUGGCUUGGCAGAAUACAUCGCACAGGUAAGCGGCCGCUUCACCGUCCCUUUUAUUCACCGGCCCCUUCAACCCUGGCCCAACAAGCACGCCCUCACCACUAUAUUUGAGGAGAUGGAGAGGCGCGGUGGCUUCUGGUGGGCGCAUGACAGCACGCGCAUCGCCUUCACCCAGACCGACCCCCCCUCACCCUGCCCACCUCCUGUCCAAACUCCCAUCUCCAAACCCCCCCUCCCCCCCUCCCCCCUCCCUCCCCCGCAUCUGCUCGCAUUCGCCCUCAUCCUGCUCUCCCUCUGGCCCCAACAGGAGGAGAUGGAGCGGCGAAGUGGCUUCUGGUGGGCGCAUGACAGCACGCGCAUCGCCUUCACGCAGACAGACGCCUCUGCUGUACCGCUCUUCCGCAUCCCCCACUGCACUCGCCCGCCUGUGGGGGCGGACUCCGAGGAGGAACAUGCAUACCCCUUUGCAGGUACUGCUCUUGAGGCGCCUCUUGGCAGGCCAGGCAAACGGCAGGUGGUGGCACAAGACAGUGGGGUGUUUCAGCAGGGAGAAGCAGCAAGGACAGUGGGUAGCACACACGAGGGUGAUGCAGGGAACCUACCUGGAAGGGACGCUGGGGAACCAGCACUGCCUGAGAAGGAAGCGAGUGGGAUUGCGACUGCUGGCAGUAGUGGCAGUGGCAAUGGCACUGCCACAGCUGCUACAGCCGCUACAGCUGCUACAGCCGCUACAGCUGCUGUAGACGAUGAUGACGACGAUGAGGAGUACCUAGCGCGCGUGUCAUGGCUCCCAGACGGGCGUCUGUCCGCGCAGGUACAGAACCGCAGGCAGACGCGCCUCAAACUCCUCCGCUUCGACCCCAACACAGGCAGCAGAGACCUCGUUCUCACUGAAUCCAACCCCCUCUGGGUGAACCUGCACGACUGCUUCACCCCCCUGGUGAAAUCCGGAGGGGAGCUGCGCGGAGGGUUUCUGUGGGCGAGUGAGCGCACGGGGUUCCGGCACUUGUACUUGUAUGCGGGGUCGGGGCGGUGUGUGGGGGCGGUGACGGCGGGGGAGUGGAUGGUGGAGCAGGUAGCGGGGUUGGAUGAGGGCGCUGGGCUGGUGUAUUUCACUGGGACCAUGGAUAGCGCAUUGGAGAGUCAUUUGUAUGUGACGAGGUUGUUUGGGGGCGUGGACGGGGGAGGAGGGGGUGCUGGGUUGGGGUCUGCGUUGGGGGCAGACAAGCGUGAUGCGUUUUCUCGUUAUGAGCAGCAGCAGCAGCAGCAGCAGCAACAGGUGGUGCCAAUGGGCCCCGGGCGGCACCUGGUGGUGCUGGACCACAGCCUGCAGCGGUUCGUUGACCUCGUUGACUCGCUUGACUCGCCGCCCGCCGUGCGCCUCUGCUGCCUGGCGUCGGGGCGAGUGCUGGCUGUGAUCUUCCAGCAGCACUCGCCCAACCCCAGGGUGCAGCGCCUGCAGCUGCGCCCACCCGAGUUGGUAGAGGUGACUGCUGCGGACGGGACGACACUGCACGGGGCGAUUUAUCGCCCUGACCCGGCCAUAUUUGGCCCGCCCCCAUACCGCACGGUGGUGAGCGUUUAUGGGGGCCCGCACGUGCAGACGGUGUGCGAGUCGUGGCUGUCGACAGUGGACAUGCGCGCUCAGUUCCUGCGUGCUCGAGGCAUGCUGGUGUGGAAGCUUGACAACCGGGGCAGCAGUCGUCGCGGGCUGGCCUUUGAGGGAGCCAUCAAGUGCAACAUGGGCGGUAUAGAUGCUGACGACCAAGCGGCCGGCGUCCGUUGGCUUAUCCAGCAGGGCCUCGCCGACCCAAACCGGAUCGGGAUCUAUGGGUGGAGCUACGGGGGGUACCUCUCAGCCAUGUGCUUGGCUCGGUACCCGAGCCUGUUUCGCUGCGCCAUUUCCGGAGCUCCGGUAACCGCGUGGGACGGUUACGACACGCACUACACAGAGCGUUACAUGGGCCUGCCUGCGGAGCAGCCGACAGCAUAUGACCGGAGCUCUGUUAUGCGGCAUGUGGGUGGGAUUCGGGGGAAGCUGCUGCUGGUGCAUGGGAUGAUAGACGAGAAUGUGCAUUUCAGGCACUCGGUGCGGCUGGUGCAGGCGCUGACUACAGCUGCCAAGCAGUAUGAGCUGCUGCUUUUUCCCGAGGAGAGGCACAUGCCGAGGGGUCUCCGUGACCGGACAUAUAUGGAGGAGAGGAUUUACGAGUUUUUGAGCAGAUGUUUGUUGUGA